UUUGAUACAAACAUCUGCAAUGAUGGGGGCUGUGGACUGGAGUCGGACCGCUGCCACUUUGCUCUGCCUUUUGGGAUACCUUAUCUCCAGAGCUGCAGCUAAAACCCCAGCGGAGGGCUCCGCCACGCAAGAAGUGACUCUGAAGGUUCACCUGAGCGACGCCAGCACACAGCAGCCCCUGCUCGGAGCAACCAUACAGCUCUUCGCCAAUCACACUUCUGUAGCCACAGAAACCUCAUCAGCUGAUGGCAAUACGUACUUGCGCUUCCCUUUCCGCCUUGGGACACCGCUCGUUGUCACUGCAACCAGACAGGGAUAUGUGCCAAACUCUGUUCCCUGGACUCCCUCCAAAUUACCGGUUUUUUCCUCCAUAAGUUUGGAUCUUCUUCCAGAAAGAGCUGCCACCCUCAUGGUGUAUGAAGAUGUUGUUGAGAUUAAGUCAAGUCUGCAAGGUUUAAGAGGCCAGCCCAGCAUUCAUUUCCUGCGCAGAGCCCUUAGUCUUCCUGCCGACACAUCCUUCGCCAACCUGACUGCUCUGCUUACUGUGGCAAGCUCCCCGUCACGCAUCCAGCACUUUCCCCAUCUGCAGAUACUGGGCAGCAACAGCACAGGCACAGAGAAGAAGUUUGAGCUGACUCCUGUAGCAGCCAUCUCUGUACACCUAUUGGCCAGCGAUGGAGCCGAGCUGCAGGUGAAUGGACCAAUCACGUUCUCCGUUCCUCUGCCAGUGGACAGCAGCUUGAAAGAAAAUGAUCACAUCCCUGCUUGGAGAUUUGACCCUCGUUUAGGCGCCUGGAUCAAGAGCAGUUCAGGUCACGUACAGAGGGUGGGAAACCAGCUUACUCUGACCUAUCUUGCUCCACAGCUCGGGUAUUGGGUGGCCGCCUUGUCCCCUCUGCACUCUGGUCCGAUGGUGGCAAGGGACAUCAGCACUUACCAUACAGUGUUCCUGUUGGCCAUACUUGGAGGCAUGGCUUUUAUUCUGCUGUCCCUGCUGGGCCUGCUCUUGUACUACUGCCGACGUAGCUGUCUGAAGCCUCGAGGGUCUCAUCGCAAGUUCGUUCUGUCAACUGGUCUUGACAGCUCUAAGAAGGAUCAAGCAACCUCCAUGUCCCACAUGAACCUCAUCAGCAAUGAGGUGCAGCUGGAGCUUGUUUCCACAGCCACCGAGCCUGACAUGACCACGCCAAUGUUGAAGCCUUCUUUGUAUGAGCCCCAAGACAAUCAGCGGCAGCAGAGUCUAAUCCACUUCACCAAACACAGCCGCUCCUCUCUCGGCAACAACAGCCACCACGGCUCGUCCCUCGGCAAUCUGACGCCUCGCAUCAGGGACUACCGACAGUCUGCAGAGGCUUUCCAGUUGAAGACGGCCCUGUCAUGUGGGACAGAGAGGGGCUACCGUCAGUCCUACACCUCUGUCUGCUCAUCCAGCAACCAGAUUUCAGAAGCGCUGUCGUCAUCCAAUCAUGGUCAGGUGUCGGUUACCCAGUUAAGCAGCAUUGGUAUUAUUGACUGCAUCUCUCCGUCUUCUCCUCCUCACUCCCCCUGCAGGGGGGAGGGAGGGGACUGCAGGGCACCCGACCACCUGCUGUCCCGUUCGGUAGACCACCUGGAGCGCCCGAACCCUCAGUCGCUCUCUCGACCAGGCCAGCUGCUCUGCUGCGGCUCAGUGGACCUGCUCAGUGCAGGAGAAGGCUACUCGAGAGUGCGCCCCACACUGGUGAUUCCAGCACAUUACAUGCGCCUACCUGGUGAGCACCCACUGUCUGGUCAGGCCCUUCUCUUGCAAACUGACCAGCAAAGUGACUUGGAGACUAUCCAGGCUGAGCUCAAUGCCUCACAUUCUCAGCAGCCCCUGGGGCCCAGCUCUUCUGACAGCACCCCGGACCCCAACAAGCAGGGUGAGGCAGAAGCUCUUGGCCUGUCAGAGUCCUUGUCUAUUCCUACUGCUCUUGGGGAAACAGCUCUUGUUGAAAUAAACAAGGAGGACACUUUGUUGGCUGAAAAGACUUUAAUGGAGCUAAGAGGGGGAAAACCUCUGCCUCACCCACGUGCUUGGUUUGUGUCUCUGGACGGACGCUCCAAUGCUCAUAUCCGCCACUCGUACAUCGACCUCCAGCGGGCAGGCUGUCAGAGUAAUACACAGAGCUCAGGAGAUCAGCAAGAUUCUGACAGCAGUGGGAGACAUGGCAAUGAUGCCAGUCUGGACUCUGGUGUGGACCUGAAUGAGCCCAGAGUGGGGCGCAGGUGUGGAGACGCAGAGCGGGAAGAAAAAGCAUCAGAAAGAAAAACUGCCAUACCAGCCACAGCUUACACCCAGCUAGUGUAUGUGGAUGAUCUAGAGAGUGGAGGCAGGGCUGAGGAAAAAUUCAUCCCUGAGAGUGGGAAAACCGGAUUCAUGAUGUCAGACAAAGCAGAGAGUAACCGGGAGAAUCAAGGAUCUGGGCACGAGGAGGGGAAAACAGCCGAGGUAGUCCGAAUACUAGAGGAACCACCCUCAGUUUCUCCAGCGUCUCCUGCUUCUCCUCCUCCUCCUCUGCCCACGUCAGAGGGAGUGACUUUCAGUACUGAUCACACGCUGCUGUCGGUCUCCCCAGAUGACAAUGCAGCGCACGAGGAUGGAGAAGAGGAGAAGAAAAGCCCGUGGCAGAGAAGGGAGGAGCGACCUCUGCUGGCCUUCAACCUUAAAUGAGUCACAGAAGCUGGUUAAAGGAGAGGUUUGCAUUUUUCUAGCCAGUCUCCAUAAAUAAUCAAUUGCCAAAAUGUACCCUGGAUGGAGUUUCUCUGUGUCCAUAACCUUAUUCAGUGACUUAAGUGUAACAACUCAGUUCUAAAAUUCACUUAAAGACAUUACAGGUGCAUCUCAGUAAAUUACAAUAUCUUUAAAAACUCAUAGAGUCAUUAUACACAGUUUUACAUUUAAAGUGUUUGUUUUCCAUGCGGCGUGGCGUGGAGGAGUUCAGGCUAUGGUUCUGCUGAGGUGUGAUGGACACCCAGGGUGCUUUAAUUGCAACCUUUAGCUCGUCUGCAUCAUUGGGCCUGUUUGAGCUGCUUCCUCCACACUCUGGGACCUUGUUUUCCAAGUGAAAUGCAAAACUUUAUUUUGUCCAAAAAAAGAAAAGCUUUGGACCAUUGAAAAUUUGUCUUUUUUAUCUCCUUAGCCCUAACAUGCCUCUGAGGUCUGUGGUUCAGGGGUGGCUUAACACAAGUAAUGCGACAGCUGUAUUCCAGGUCCUAAAUACGUCUCUCUGUGGUGCCUCUUGAAGCACCAACCCCAGCUGCAGUCUAUGCCUUGUGAAUCUCCCCCAAACCCCUGCAACUAUCGCUGUUCCUUGUGCAAUUUUUAUUUCUAGCAGACUUUUUCCUUUCACUCAACUGUUCUUUUAUACACUUAGCACCCCGUGAACAGCAAGCUUCCUUAGUAAUGACCUUUUGUGGCUUACCCACCUUAUUGUGGGUGUCAAUGACUAUCUGCUGGACGAGUGAGCAGUCCCCACAAUAUUUAAUGCUAUACUAUAGCAAUUCUGUAUUAGACACCCCCUUUUUACUGGCCUGAGAAGCUGAAUUCUUUUAAUUAUUUAAUGUGAGCCAUAAUCAAUCACAUUUACACACAUAAACACAUGAAAUAUAUCACUCUGUAAUGUGUAUUGUGGUAUAUUGUGGCCAAAGUGGCUGAAGAAGGGCAGCAGACUGAUGUUCUCCAGUGUAGCAGGUGGUUUAUUUACAAAAAGAGCAACCUCAAAUAUGUACAAAAAUUACUUAAACUUGAAAGUGACAAAAUAAACAUAACUAUACUCAAACCAACCAAAAUUAACGUCACGUGCACACAGCUACACUGACCUGGUCCUCCCUCCUUAACUUCUUUCCUGAUCUGCUUAAAUACCUUCAUGCCCUUCCAAACACAAUUAACUGAAAUGGAAUCUUCCAUCUUACAGGUAUAUUCCAACAUGAGAAAUAAUGUCAAAUCACUGAAGCUACUUCUAUCUAGCAACAACCCUGUGUUUACGGUUUAACAAUUAUAUCCUAACUCUAACACUUCAAAACUAAUAAACAAAACCCCAAAGUUAACUUAACACUUUAACAGUUUCUUCUCUCCUCUUCACCUGGUACCUCCUGUGACAUCACUUCCCUGAAACCUCCAAAUACAGGAGGUUAGGCCGCACCUCCUCCUUUAGUUCCUUGAACACAGGUAAGUGGUAAAAUCACUAGCUGGAACUAGGCAAAUGGAGUUCAUCCAUUUUACCACAUGUAUGUAUAUGAUUUAAUGAAUUGAAUUGCUGAAAUAAAUUAACUUUUAUAAAUUAUGAAUUUAUUAAGAUGCACCUGUAUUUAAUGUAUAAUGUAGAUACACAUAAAGAGGGGUUUUACUCUAAAAACAUGUUGGUUUUGAAGAUACUGAUUCAGCAACUUCUGAUGACUGGAUUUUACACUAAGAUCACUUUACACAGAUAACCUAUAUGCAGUUAGUUUUUGAUAAACAUGCAAAACAAACAUAAAAUAGUUUUACUGGCAAGCAAAAAUGUAAACCUCCCCAUUAAGAUUGCUCCUCAACUGCUUCGAUAGGAACAUAAAGAAUAAAUACUUUUAAAAUAGUGUGGACCGACCCGCGACCCACUAUGGAAUAAGCGGUAGAAAAUGACUGACCAACUGACUAACACCUUUUGCUCUUUAUAAAAACACUGAGAACAUGUUCCAGCACUGGGAUCUCUUCUGAGUUUAGAAAAUAUUAGGUCCCUCGUAAGCCUCUAGGAACAUCUACCAAACGACCAGUGAGCGGCUGACAAAUAGACUUUGGAGGCAAGAAAUUGGGAGAUUUUAUGCACAACAAAUAUAUGCCUUUUUAUGUAUGGAGCCUUGUUAGGUAUACAUGGACUUUGGCGGAAAAUAACUGAUGUCUUAGUCAUAGGAACCGUUUUUCUCGAGCCAUAUUGGCAAAAUCCCAGGAAGUACCAAUUUAAAGUGAGAAUAAAACCCCAGUUUAGCCAUGGUGACUGAUUUUAAUGGCUUUGGAACAUAUGUGCAUGACAGAAAUUGUAAUUGUACACUUCAGUAGGAUCUCACUGCUUUAGAAUAUGCUUUGAGCCCUACAGCAGCAUCACCCUCAAUACAAACAUGUAAACCCUGUACUUUACAUGGCUUUCAGUAUGGUGAUUAAGAUGGACACUGCAGGGUGUUUACGUGAAAUAUUGGUCUGUUUAAUUAAAUGACUUGGCCAAAUCGGAUAAUGUGACACCAGUUUGCUGAUAAAGUUAAAUUACCACUACAAACCAUGUAGUUUCUCUCUUAAUAAUUGUGAAGUUGAUCUUAUGAAGGGUUUUUAAUAUUUGCUGAACCACUGACUUGCAUAUUUUUUGUUUUUAAGGCUAUGCAUCACUUUUAUACGGCUGCUCCGGAUGCCUUUUUUGUAAAUGUUAACAUCUGAUUUUAAUUGCCAACAUGAAGUAUUUUAUCUGAAAAUAUGCUGUUUUUAUUUCUUGUAAUAUAUUAAGGGCUUUUUUUCUUUACCUGGCUUAUUGUUAGAGCUGAAACAAAUGCUGCGGAAUAUUUUGCCAACUAACUUUUUGCUGUGUUCUAGCUUCCCCCCUCCUUACACACAUAAUCCAAGUGCCUUUGAACAACCUGAUUCUGCAACUCUAUUUAUUUUUUGCUCUCCUUUGCCUUUAGCUUUCCCCCUCUACCUCAGCCCACCUCUUUUUCCCUCCUGUUUGCGAAAGGAAGCAUGCAGUGUGCUUUCCUCAGCACUCGGAUAUUACUACAGCUACACUGCAGACAUCUCAGAAAAUGUCUACCAGCUGCUGCAAUCCUAAAAGUCUUUACAGUAAUCAUUAAGGCACUCCCUGAGAGUAAGCAGGAAAGAUGAAGCAAAGUGUGACUGUAUGUGAAGCUACCCUGCAGAAUUUAGAGUUUUGGAGAAUGACUGUGGUUUUUUUUUAUAUGUGGUUGUGUCCAUUUGUGAUGCUUCAAUGAAAUCAUCAAUCCAAUCCAGAUUCCUGUACCCAUAACAAUCGUGUUACAGAGUGUGUAUAUCUGUGUUCUUACCUUUGCUCAGUCAAAAUCAUGUGUGUGUUUCUGUUAUGAAUGAUGUUUUCUGCCAAAGUGUCCGGCAACAACCUCCAGUUCCUGGAUUGGAGCAGCAAUACUGAAUUCUGAGUGUGUAAAUCGGUUGGUUGCUUUAUAUUUUAAGCCAAUUAUUCUGAAUAAACGACCAAACUGGAA